CGCGUGCCUAGUGCUCAACGAGACUACGAAUGCCAGUGAGGAUGCCAAAGAGCGCGCGGCGACGCUCGUGACGAUCGAUCGCCCUGGAAGCUCCGCGGCAACAUGCUCGAGCACUUCCCGGCGAUGGUGCAGAGCUCGCUCGGCCCUAUGACGGAGGUGGGCAUGGGUCCGGCCCUCUCCGUCGGGCCUCCCAUCGGCUUCCGCCAAGCCGCCAACAACAACGUCGGCGAAGGCACGAUAUCAGUGAAACGGGAGUCGAACCUGAUCGAGGGCGUGUGCGCGAACUGCGGCCACGGGAUCGCCGACCGCUACGUCAUGCGGGUCGACGAGCGCAACUACCACGAGAAUUGCCUAGCGUGCGCCGAGUGCUCGACUCCCCUCUCGGACUCCUGCUACGCCCGGGAUUGCAAGUUCUACUGCAGGGCCGACUACAAGCGGCUCUACGCCGUCAAGUGCGCGCGCUGCCAGCAGAAGAUCGACUGCAACGACCUGGUGAUGAGGAUGCCCGUGCAGUCGGUUAACGGCCGGCCCGACGGGCCCGUCUUCCACGUCGCCUGCUUCGUCUGCUGCAUUUGCGGCGACCCGCUGCUCAGGGGCGCCCACUUCAUUCUCAGGCACGGACAGCCGCUCUGCAAGCGCGAGUUCCCCAACGACAUCUACAACAUGAACAGCCUCCAAGACGACGACCUGCUGGACGAUAGUAGACCGCGCGAUGGCCGACGCGGACCUAAGCGACCGAGAACGAUUCUGACCUCCGCCCAGAGGCGCCAGUUCAAGGCUUCCUUCGAGGUCUCGCCCAAGCCCUGUCGCAAGGUCCGGGAAGCUCUCGCCAAGGAAACCGGUCUUAGCGUCAGGGUCGUCCAGGUCUGGUUUCAGAAUCAGCGAGCAAAGAUGAAGAAGAUGCAGCGUAAGGUGAAGGCGGAGCCAGGUUCCGAUAAGGAGCCUAAGGAGGAGAGGAAACCCGACAGUCCCCACAGCGAUCACAGUCACUAUAUGAAUGCAUUAAAUAUGAGAGAUGGAGAAUCGUCGAACUUCCCUUCAUCGACACAACCGCUUAAUCCAAAUAAUCCUUACUCACCCGACGACGCGUACCCGGUGCACUCGGGCGAAAGUUACUACAGCAGCGACACGUCGAUGGACGGCACGGAGAUCGGGGAGAACGAGAACGCCGCUGGGAUCCCGGACGUCUCGCACUCCCAUCACGCGAGCGGGACUGGGUCAGGUACCGGGGCCGCUGGUGGUGGUGGCGUUAGCGGGGGUGGCGGCAGUGCCGGUGGAGUCGGACCGGAUAUGCUCUCCCUCUCGGAGAGUCUCCAUUCGGCUGUGCACAAUCCCAUCGACAAACUCUUCAUGAUGCAGACGAGUUACUUUAGCAGCGCCGAUCAUCCAUAAGAUUCGACAAGCCCUCGUCCCCUCUCCCGCCCCUCACCCAAUAUACAUAUAGAGAUCUCUAUUUUUCCUCGGCAUCUUCAAACUAUCGUUGUGUACAUUGCAUUAAUUAUUAAGUAUUAUAUGAUUGUAUUUAUGAGCGAGAGUGUGGCUGUGGCUGUACGCGGCGACCUCGUAGUCUAACAAAUAUCUUCUGGAUCGUAUAUUUGAAUUUCUUUUGGGACGGAUUAUUGCAACUUUAAUUUAAUUCAAAAUACAACAUUAUAUAAUUUGGCUGAUUAACUCUUGAUAUUGCUUUGUUCUCU